AAGUAGGUUCAAAAGGUUGUGCCCACGGGUUUAUGCCACUUUCUGCCAUGGGCCUUUGGGGAGUACUUUGCUUUUUAAUUUUCCUGGGCAAAACUUGGGGACACGAACAAACCUACGUCAUUUUAGCACCCAAAGUAUUCCAGGCUGGAGCAUCUGAAAAUGUUGUAAUUCAAGCCCACGGCUACACCGAAGCAUUUGAUGCAACAAUCUCUAUAAGAAGUUAUCCUGAUAGAAAAGUGACCUACUCUUCAGGCUGUAUUAAUUUAUCUCCAGAAAAUAAAUUCCAAAACUCAACACUAUUAACAAUUCAGGACAAACAGUUGUCUGAAGGACAAAGCUCAUUUUCAUAUGUGUAUUUGGAAGUCGUGUCAAAGCAUUUUUCAAAAUCUGAAAAAAGGCCAAUCCUUUCUGACAAUGGCUCUCUCUUCGUCCACACUGACAAGCCUGUGUACACUCCGCAGCAGCACGUAAAGGUUGGCGUCCUUUCGCUGGGAGAUGCCUUGGAGCCAGUUACACGGGAAACUGUCUUAACUUUCAUAGACCCUGAAGGAUCAGAAGUUGACAAGGUACAAGGAAACAAUCUUACUGGAGCUGUGUCUUUUCCUGACUUCCAGAUUCCUUCUAACCCCAAAUACGGUAGAUGGACGAUUCAGGCUAAAUAUAGAAAAGAUGCUUCUACAAACGGAACGACACACUUUGACGUGAAAGAACACGAUAAAGCCUUCAAAAUAAGUGUCAUGCCAAUAAGUGAUCGGCCGCACGAACUGAAAAUUCAAGAUGAUGCCCAAGGUGUGAGUCUCCAGUCAACAAAUUCCCUGGAGCGGAAAAUAACAGAACAAGCUGCUACAUACAAACAUCCGGUGGUAAAGAAGUGUUGUUAUGACGGAGCCAGACAUAGUGAGCAUGAAACCUGUGAGCAGAGAGCAGAUCGUGUGAAAAUAGGCCCAAACUGUGUCCAAGCCUUCACUCUCUGCUGCACCAUGGCAACCGAGAUCAGAACUAAUGACUUUAAAAUUCGACUCCUUCAAUUGGACCGUGGUACAUAGUGGAGUCCAGAGGUGCAGGUGCAGCCCUUUAAUCCCAGCACCGAGGAGGUGGAGACAAGCGGAUCUCCAUGAGUCGCACGCCAGCCUGAUCUGCAAAGUCAACUUGAGGACUGUCUCCAAAUCAACAGUGAAAUCUUGUCUUAAAAAAAUAAAUUAAUUAAAUAAAGAUAAAAGAAAAGGAAA